AUGGGCACUGCCACUGACUCAUUAGCUAAGCGCGCUUUAGCUCCUAAGGCUAAAACCAUGAAAUUUGCCGAAAUGUACCAGAUAGAUCAAACAAAAAAGCGUCGCUCUUUAUCUUCCGCCGCUCGAACACUCCUUUCUACUAUUGAUGACUCGGAUGCCGCCGCCGCCUUGAUGCCCGCUAUCAGUGCAAAUCAUGUCUCCACCGCAAAAACAACCUCCAAGAAAGCGUUUUAUAAUGCAAAAGAUAAACCAAAGGCGACACCCGUCAGGCCCGUCCGUGUCGCGGACUACGACUCCCAGGAGAUGACGAACGUACCGAAUCCUGUACCAGACACUGGCCUUCCUCCUCCAAGUGGUGAUACAGUAUAUUUCACGCCGCCGCCUAUUACUGCGUCUCCUUCAAUAACCCAUCAAUCCCAGGAAUAUCACGCUCCGGCGGUCAAGUCCAUCAGCGCAACUUCUAUCUCAACCUUUACCCCGUUGCCACCACUACUCUCUCUGCAAUCGACACCAAGCACAGAAAAUGUGCAUGCUAUCGUAAUAACCUCUGCUCCUCCUCGCACGAGUUCAGCUCAGUCCCAGAAUGCUGUCCAAUCGGCGCAAGUACUACAACAUCCCUCUCCUUCGCACCAAAUUUCAAAACCAGCAAUAAUUGCACUCUCUAUUGUUGGUGGUGUCGUAUUACUGGGGGUAUUCAUCGUGAUAAGGCUUUUGAGACGUCCCCGCCGCCGCAAGUGUCCAACACCAUCUCUCCCGAUCCUCCUGGAUGGUGCCUUCCCAGACCACUUCGAGAGUGAAGGAUCCGGAUCCCCGGUUUUUGGAGGCAAGGAGCGAUUCUCGCCCUCACUGAGGAGUGCACGAGGGAACACGGGGCUCUGGACAUGGACUCAGUAUCACUCCGGACUGCCAAAGCCGGCGCCAACUGUCACAGUUACAAAGUCAUCGUCAGGCGACCCCGUGAAAGGAUCAGGCAGUCAAGAGAACUUGCUUGCCGAGAAGAGGGCCUCUUUCGGUGGGCAGGACCAAUACCCUUUCACUGGCCAAGGUAACUUUGGACAAAGAGCCCAGCCGCCUCUGCAGCCUAUCCAGAAUGCAAUCACUCGCGCAGUCUCUCGGCUCUCCACUGUCUCCAUGUCUCUUUACCCAAACUCGCCGGCCAACACUACCUAUGGUGCGAUGAAUGUUGGUGUAGCCAUCGACAGCACAGCACCUCUGACAGGCGACGGACAGACUAUGAUACGAGCAAAGGACAGGGUUGCGGCAGGACGCGCGCGCAAUAGCAUGGUCGCCCCUCCUAACGCCAGAGAUGCCUCUUCGCUGCGGCGCUCUCAGAGCUAUGCUUACGGUGGAAUGGACCUCACCACCCCGGCCUCACCUGGAUCUGGGAGGAGCCCGCAGAACGGGGGCCGUGCGCGCAUCAAAUCAACAUACUACACACCUGGUUCAUAUCCUCGCACCUCCGCAGCUCCUUCAGCAUGGCUAAAAGACCGCGGACAGCAGGACGGCCCCCACUCUGACCGCGCUCAUGAUUUGCAACGUUCUGAGUCUCAUCGAGGCCGUGAAACACAGGCGCUAACCUGUGCUCUUGGGCUCGUAUCGCCUGUCCCGCCAUCCCCUCAUCCAACACUGUACCCGGAUGAUUCCAUGAGUGUAAUUGGAGAAGCAAAGAAGGUCACCGUGACAGGCACGCGAAGCCAAAAGAAGCCAGUUCCAAAAGCUAUGCUCAAUUACGACAAGGCAACUUCGCCCGACUCUGCGGCAUUGGGAAGUUUGAUGAUGGUGGACUUCGCGGCGUCAAAGUCGACUGCGUCGCUGGUAAAUAUACGUCCGUCCGAAGCAGCCAGGGAGGCUCGGGAGGCGCAACCUCAGGGAGGGCAGAGUUCUGGGGGGUCCAGCCAACCGAAGACGAGCAUGAAGAAGAGAGCGGAGGAUAGACCACCGCGUGUCCCAUCACCUCCACCGCUACCGUCGCUUGCACAGAUGGCACUUGCUCACGCGAAUCCAGAAGCGUAUGCUGAGUACCACAGCCCGACAUACAGCAUUUAUGGAUUGUAUGACGCGGACAGGAAAAGUCGCGGAACUUCAUUCGGAUACUGAUUUAGAUGGAUUCGCGCACAAACUAUACAGCAGACGGAUGUGUUGUCACCUACUAUAGUUUUGUAUUGAGGGUG